CUGUAACCUUGGAAUAUACCUCUGGAUAUAAACUCUCCAGCAGAAUCCCAUCUCUUUUUCUGUUCACCAUCGCCUGAAGCUCUCCUCCUGAGGAUUUCCCAUUGCCAACCCCUGGGAUGCUGUGAGGAAGAGGAAGAUACCCAUGGACACUGAGGCAGAGCAGGAGCUGAGCAUGGAGAGCAGGGAGGACAAAUGCCUGCGGCAGAACCUGGUGGAAGAGGCCAUUUUGAGCGGCUCCACGGCGCAGGAAGCCAACGGGGAGGAAAAGCCCCGGAGAUGCCGCACGAGGAGGAGCUGCAAAUGCAGCUGGUGGGGAUCUGAGGGGGAAAGAGCCAGCCUGGGCCGGGAAGGUGGCGGGAGAUGGAGCCAGAGCUCGGAGCUGGUACUCCAUGAGCAGCUCCAUGAUGGGAAGAAGCCUCACACGUGCAUGGAGUUUGGGAAGAGCUUCAGGCGGAACUGCAACCUGAUUGUGCACCAGAGGAUCCACACUGGGGAGAAGCCCUACGAGUGUGGGGAGUGUGGAAAGAGCUUCAGCCAGAGCUCCAGCCUGAUCAAGCACCAGAGGAUCCACACUGGAGAACGGCCCUUCGAGUGUGGGGAGUGUGGGAAGAGCUUCAGCCUGAGCUCCAACCUGAUCAAGCACCAGAGAACCCACACUGGGGAGAGGCCCUUCGAGUGUGGGGAGUGUGGGAAGAGCUUCUCACAGAGCUCCCACCUGUCCUCGCACCAGAGGACCCACACUGGGGAGAGGCCCUAUGAGUGUUCCAAGUGUGGGAAGGGGUUUCAGAUCAGCUCCCGUCUCAUCAGGCACUAUCAGAGUCACACAGAGGAGAGGCCCUUCCAAUGCCUCGAGUGCGGGAAGGGAUUCAGGCAGAACGCCCACCUCAUCAGGCACCGGCGCAUCCACACUGGGGAGAGGCCCUACGAGGAAUGGCCCUACAAGUGUGGGGAGUGUGGGAAGGGCUUCAGCUACAGAUCCAACCUUGUGACCCACCAACGUCUCCACACUGGAGAGAGGCCCUACGAGUGUCCCCAGUGUCAGAAGAGGUUUCCGAGCAGCUCCAAUCUCCUCCAGCACCAGCGGAUUCACACUGAGGAGAGGCCCUUCCUCUGCCCUGAGUGCGGGAAGGGCUUCAAGCGCAACUGCAACCUCAUCAAGCACUGGCGCAUCCACACUGGGGAGAGACCCUACCAGUGUGCCACAUGUGGGAAGAGGUUUCAGACAAGCUCCCAUCUCCUCCUGCAUGAGCGGAUUCACACGGAUGAGAGGCCCUUCCACUGCCCCGACUGUGGGAAGGGUUUCAAGCACAACUCCACCCUCAUUACCCACCGACGCAUCCACACAGGGGAGAGGCCCUACAAGUGUCCCCAGUGUGAGAAAAGCUUCACCAGUAGCUCUCACUUGACCAGACACCAACGGACCCACCAGUAAGGGAAGCCCUGCAAAUGCCAAAAAUGCAGGAACAGCUUCAUGCACCACUCCAGCUUCAUCCCCCAUUAGAGGGCCCACAUUGGGAAGAACCCUGGUGAUCCAGUUUCCCUGUGGUCUAUGCUGGAAAAACACCUGUCCCUUUUCCUGCCCUUGCCAAAGACAUGAUGUGGGACGGAAGAACAUGAGGGUCUGGCCAUGGCCGUGUCAUUACAUUCACUCGCACC